GUGUGUGUGUGUGUGUGUGUGUGUUACAUUUAUUAUGGCAUCAUGUGUGUGCAUUUUACUACGUUAUGGCACCUGCGAGCUUUGUGGCAUCAUACACGCAAUGCCAUAAAAUUCUAAGUCGUUUUUUAACAUAUACGGCAUCAUAUUUGUACAGAUCGCGUUAUUUUAAAAUAUUUUAAUAUUUUAAUGUGUAUGAUGCCAUAAGAUGAUAUCUUUGUACAUUCACACACAUGUAUUUGUUAUGGCAUCAUUCCCGCUGCGUAUAUAGUGCUGCCCCCUACGAUUAAAAUAGUAUAUGCAAGAAAUAUUUUGCACUCCUUUGGAAUGUGAUGCCAUUAGGUACGAGCUAUCAGAAGCGAGUGGUGUGUACUUAAUUUUCGGCAUUAUAUCGGUUUAUACUUUGUUAGUUUUUUGUUGUUGUUGUGGCCGUUAUGAAGAUAAUAAUUUAGUGUGUGUGAUGUUAUCAAGGCAAUAAUAUGUAUAAAUCCGGAUACCAGUCUGCCCGAGCUAAAAAAAUAUUCGAACUUCUAAAUAUACCUCGAUAUGAAACGCAAGGUCUUUCCAAUUCGGAAAGAAACGAAGUAUUACAGCGAUAUAACGACUUCAACAAUAUACAAGUAAAUAGUAAUGACGGCCAAAUAACCCCAGAUAUUCAAAAUGAUCAUUACAUUACUGAAGAAAGGAGUCAAUAUGUGAAUACAUGGCUGUUAAAAAAUCUUCAGGACCAUCCAAGCGUAGAAAAGAAACGUUUUACCAGUACCAAUUCAGACAGCAUCCAAAUAGUGUAUUUAGCGGAAACGACUAAAGCUAGAUGUCUAUUAUUUGAGAAAAAUCUAAACAAUAAUUUUGCUGCAAUUUCGGAUCUCAAAAAUUAUGCCCAGUUUACAUCAGAACCAGAAAAUAUCAGCCUACUCAACACCAACCCUAAGAACUCUGUAACAACUUCGAACGUAGAAGAAUACCCCGUAAUUUCGAAUGUAGAAAAAUGUCCUGUACUUUGGAACGUAGAAGAAUAUUGUGCAGUUACGAAUAGUGAAAUGCAGAAUCUGACCACUUGUAAUAAUCGUUCACUGCUGUCAGAAGAAAUCUCAGCUCAACGCAUAAAAAGUGAUGUCUCACUUAAUUCGGCACAGUCAAAUAGAAUCUGUAAGUCAAAGGAAAAUCCUAUAAUAACUUCAGUUGAUAGCAAUAAUGAAAGCUUGUCUUCUCUCGAUAUGUCUGAAAAAUUAUCUGACUGUUCCGUCUUUUCUAAAUCCCAUAGUGAGUAUCAACCAUCAACUAGCUAUGUAUCUGACACAGAAUCAGACCAAUCACUUACUUUGACAGAAAAAAGUGAUGAACUCUUAAUAUCGCCAACAAUCACCGUUGAUAGCAACACAACAACCUCCAAACAUAAUAAAAAUAAAAAAAGCAGUCUUGACCACAAAUCUAGCAAUAUGUCUUCCAAACAUACUAAACCUAACGAAAAUUCAUCAAAACACCAUAAAAGGAAAGGUAGGAAAACUGUACCGAAGUCGCAACUAGAUACAUCCAACGACAGUGAGGAACAUGUCAUAGUAGUCCGUAGUGCUAAAAAAAAUAAAAGUACUGGUCAAAGAGUAAGAGAUAAGGGUCACUGUUGCCUGUUUUGUGACAAAAUAAUGAUUAAUAUCGCUCGUCAUUAUGAAUUGGUGCAUAAAAAUGAAAUUCAAGUAGCCAAGAUUCUGAUUAUGCCUAAAGGAUCAACAAAACGCCGAGAAGCUUUUGCUGAAUUAUCGAGAACUGCAGACUUUUACCACAACUGCGAAGUACUUAAUCAACAAAAGGGAGAGUUGAUUUUAGUCAGGCGUCCUUCUGGAAAAGAAACGACUAGCUUAAGUUACUCUAGCUACGGACCCUGCCCGCAUUGUCUAGGUUUUAUGCUCAAAAGAAAACUUUGGUUUCAUGUUAAAUAUAAUUGUAAGUCAUCAUUCACAUCCGCAGAGUCGAGUUCAAAGAAAAAAAGCAUUAUUGCUGACAGUAAUGCGUUGCUAAUAGGAUUAACUUGUACAGAUUACAGCUUCGAGUAUCAAGCAAACAUACUGAAUAAAUUUAAAAAUGACCAUAUAUCGACAGUCUGUAAGCAAGAUUCCACUAUUUUAAAAUUUGGAUAUCUUCAGUUUCAAAAACACGGACCUACCCAGUGCGAACUAAUUCGCCAAACAAUGCGUCAGUUGGGCAGAUUCUUACUUGAGGUGAAAUCUUUACACUCGGACAUUAAAGAGUUGGCGGAUUGUCUUCUUCCAAAUAACUUCGAUGUUGUAAUAAGUUCAGUAAAGCGUUUAUGUGGUACUAUCAACUCAAGUACAAACCGACCACAGUUUGAAAUACCAUCAUUAGCAUUAAAGCUGGGUCAUGCUUUAAAAAAAUGCCUCAAUAUUCACAGAGGAGUAGCCCUAAGAAGUGGCGAUUUAAGAAAAGAUGAACUAUACAGGUCAUUUUUGCAGCUAAUAGAAAUGGAGUGGAGCAGCAAAAUUUCAUCUUGUGCUCUAUCCACAAUGCACAAAAAGAAAUUUAACCAUAAACAACUUUUGCCAUUAACAGAGGACUUACUUAUUUUAACAAAAUUUUUGAAUCAGGAAAUUGAAAGAUUAAAAAAUAAAUUAUCACUGGAUGUUGUGUAUAAAACGUGGAGAGCUCUUGCCUCGUGCACUCUAGCCAGAAUAAUAUUGUUCAAUAAGAAACGGUCCGGAGAAGCUGCAAAAAUGACCGUGGAACAAUAUGCCACACGACCAACUUUCAAAGAACAGGGAACCCAAGAACUCUUCGCGUCAUUGUCGCCAUUGGAGAAAAAUUUGGCUUCUACAAUGGAGGUUGUCGAUAUAGAAGGAAAACGCGGACGACGAGUGCCUGUAAUAAUAACACCUGAACUUAAAUCUGCCAUCGAUUUGUUAAUAAAAACAAGAUCUACAGUAAACAUUUCAAAAAAUAAUCCAUAUAUUUUUGCACCAGCUGAGAGCGAAAUAGGGCAUUUGCGAGGUCAUGAUUGUCUAAAAUCCAUGUGUAAUGAAGUAAACUUACAACAUCCAGAAUAUAUAACAGGAACCAAACUAAGAAAAUAUAUAGCCACUGUGUCGCAAAUUUUCAAUUUGGGUAAGAACGAAGCAGACUGGCUAGCAAGACACUUGGGACAUGACAUACGAGUUCAUCGUGAUUUUUAUCGGCUUCACGAGAACGCUGUAGAAGCAACAAAAAUAAGUCGCCUGUUAAUCGCCAUCGAGCAUGGAGACGCUAACAAAUAUGCUGGCAAAAGUCUCAAUGAAAUAAAUAUAGAAGAUUUACCUUGUUUGGAAGAGGAAUCCGAAGAAGUGGCAUUACCAGCCGAUGCCGGCGAAGGGAUCAAUAACACUGAGGACACAUCUAGUGAUGAUGAAAUUCCAUUAUCGAACAUUAAAGAGCAGGUGUUCAUGAAUCAAGGAAAGAGAAAAUCAUCGGCAACAGAAGAGGAACUAAUUUCGACAAAAAAAGAAACACAAGUCAAAAAGAGAAAAAAAGAAAAGCAGUCGGCAAAAACACUUAAAACAACUCAAAAAACCCCAUGGACGUCCGAAGAAAUAAAAUCCGUAAUGACUUUCUUUAAAUUUGAUUUAAAGAAGGAACUACUACCAGGAAAACAAAAAUGUGAAGAGUGCAAAUCAAAAUACCCAGUAUUGGAAAGGAGAAAAUGGACGGAUAUAAAGUUUUAUUUGAAAAACUAUUACAGCCGCAAUAAGCGACUAAUAAAUAAUAAUGAUAAUAAAUUACCAAUAUAAAUUUUAUACAAAUUGUCUGCAAAUAAAUGACAAAGUUAAAAAAACAAGAAUUUGUUCUGUAA